CUCACUGGACUACUGCACGCCACCUUCUCUCUUCCAACUCCAUCAUCAACAAUAAAGCACUGAACAAAAAAGAAUCCAUUUUUCUAUUUUUAUUCCACAAAAGUACCCCCCUAAAGUUUCACAUUUUGACACAAUUUUUCAAAGAAUCUUUCUCACUCAACAUAAAUCCAAUCUACCCAAUUUUGUUAUUUUCUCUUUUAAUUAAUGGUUCCAAGAUACAGCCUUUUCUGAUGUGGGUUUGCAUGGAUGACCAAUUUUUCAAGCUUGAUGGACAUAAAAGCUACUGGGUUUUGGAAUUUGGUGUGGAUCAUCUUGGUUCUGCACCCUUUUUCAAGGAUCUCUGCAAAUAUGGAAGGCGAUGCUUUGCAUAACCUCCGAACAAAUUUACAAGAUCCUAACAAUGUGCUGCAGAGCUGGGAUCCUACCCUUGUUAACCCCUGCACCUGGUUUCAUGUUACUUGUAACAAUGAAAAUAGUGUUAUUAGAGUUGACCUUGGCAAUGCAGCACUAUCUGGUCAACUAGUUCCACAACUUGGCCAACUUAAGAAUUUACAAUACCUAGAACUCUAUGGAAACAACAUAAGUGGGCCAAUUCCUAGUGAUCUUGGGAAUUUAACAAACUUGGUGAGCUUGGAUCUUUACUUGAACAGUUUCACUGGUCCUAUUCCAGAUACAUUGAGCAAACUGACGAAACUGCGUUUCCUUCGACUCAACAACAAUAGCCUGUCAGGUCAAAUACCUAUGUCCUUGAUUAAUAUAACUGCACUGCAAGUCUUGGACUUAUCAAACAAUCGUCUAUCAGGACCCGUGCCCGACAACGGAUCUUUUUCACUGUUUACCCCCAUCAGUUUUGCAAAUAACCUGGCUCUAUGUGGGCCAGUUACUGGAAAGCCUUGUCCCGGAUCUCCGCCAUUUGCUCCGCCACCACCAUUUGUUCCAACAUCCACUGCCCCCUAUCCAGGAGAAAAUAGCCCCACUGGAGCAAUUGCUGGGGGAGUGGCUGCUGGUGCUGCUUUACUGUUUGCUGCUCCUGCUAUUUGGUUUGCAUAUUGGAAGAGAAGGAAGCCACCAGAUCAUUUCUUUGACGUACCUGGUGAGGAAGAUCCUGAACUUCACUUGGGACAGCUUAAAAGGUUUUCCCUGCGAGAACUUCAAGUUGCAACAGAUACUUUUACCAAUAAGAACAUUCUGGGCAGGGGUGGAUUUGGUAAGGUGUACAAAGGACGCUUGGCUGAUGGCACAUUGGUGGCAGUAAAAAGACUUAAAGAGGAGCGAACACCAGGAGGAGAAUUGCAAUUUCAAACAGAAGUUGAAAUGAUCAGCAUGGCUGUCCAUCGGAAUCUCCUUCGGCUGCGUGGAUUUUGCAUGACACCAACUGAACGACUGCUUGUUUAUCCAUACAUGGCUAAUGGAAGCGUUGCAUCAUGUCUAAGAGAACGUCCCCCAUCAGAACCCCCUCUUGACUGGCCAACAAGGAAGAGAAUUGCAUUAGGGUCUGCAAGAGGCCUUUCUUAUUUACAUGAUCAUUGUGAUCCAAAGAUUAUUCAUCGUGAUGUGAAAGCUGCAAAUAUAUUAUUGGACGAGGAGUUUGAGGCCGUUGUUGGCGACUUUGGGUUGGCUAAACUCAUGGACUAUAAAGAUACCCAUGUAACAACUGCUGUACGGGGGACAAUUGGUCAUAUAGCUCCAGAGUAUCUCUCUACUGGAAAAUCAUCAGAGAAGACUGAUGUUUUUGGUUACGGGAUCAUGCUUUUAGAGCUAAUCACUGGGCAGAGAGCAUUUGAUCUUGCAAGGCUCGCAAAUGAUGAUGAUGUUAUGCUGCUCGAUUGGGUUAAAGCCCUUCUAAAAGAGAAGAAGUUGGAAAUGCUUGUUGAUCCAGACCUGCAAACCAAUUAUGUGGACACUGAAGUAGAACAGCUAAUCCAAGUAGCAUUGCUCUGCACCCAAAGCUCCCCAAUGGAGCGGCCUAAGAUGGCCGAGGUUGUGAGAAUGCUCGAAGGUGAUGGGUUGGCUGAAAGAUGGGAAGAGUGGCAAAAGGUAGAGGUAGUUCGUCAAGAGAACGAUUUAGCUCCAUCCCGAAGCUCUGAAUGGAUCCUCGACUCCACUGAGAACCUCCAUGCCGUGGAAUUGUCAGGUCCGAGAUAAGAGAAAACUACUAAUUUACUAUUUUUUACUCAUAUUUUGUCCGAAUGUAUUAUGUGAAUUACGUUUUGUGCAUUUAUUGUACGUAUAGAUUGCUCUUGUGCUCUUUCUAAUUUUUGUAAGAUGGACUUAGAUUAUAUAUUUAGACUUCAACAUCAGAAAUUUGUA